CCGGGCAUGAAUGGGAUGGAGCCUGCGUUUGGCGAGGCGUAUGGGAGCCGUGGCUGUCUCCUCAGCCCCUACCCCCUGGCUGUUUCCCCCCUAGGGGGCAGGACCGAGUAUGACCAGGUAACUAACUCCCUUUUAUUGCUUCUAAGGUACAGGUGUCUGACAUAUUAACAUGUCUUUAUUAUGUGUCUGUCUUGUCUUGUUCUUGUCAUCUGUUCUACUACCACACUACCUGGACUACAUGUUUAUUACACUGUCUAUUACACUGAUAGAACAUAGUAAUAACAUGGUAAUAACAGUAUUAACAGACAUACCUGUUGCUUAUUAUAUGGUGAUGUCACCACAGAGCUGUAAUGAACUAGAAUCUAUUUCUAUGGCUAUAACAUAGAUCAAUGUAAAGUAAAGGCACAUUCUAACCAUGUCAACAAUGAACAAUGCUCUUCUCUCUCGCUUUUAUCACUCUCCUGCAUCUCCUCUUUCUUCUCCCUCCCUCCCUCCCUCCCUCCCUCCCUCCCCACCCCUCUCUCCCCUCCUCCCCUCUCCUCGUCCCCACCCCUCCCCUCUCCUUACCUCCUACCUCUCCCUCAGAGCGUGCUGCUGAUGCUGGGCUCUCCAGCGACGCCGCGGAAACGGCCCUUCGAGUUGCUAAGCGACCUGGUGGACGACGGGGGCUUCGGCGAGGAGCUGCACGUGGAGCGCUGGGAUGUGUCGGCGCUGGAUGACAUCACGCGGUACACCAAACUGGGCCUCGGGGGGGAGCUGGCGAGCACCGAGGACGCCGUGCUGAUGGGCCGUUGGAGCGGGACCCGGGAGGAAGAGGAGGAGGAGGAGGGGAGGAAGAGGAAGGCUCAGCAGCAGACAUCACAUGUAACCACGAUGAUGGUAACGCAUCUCCACGGAAACGGAAUCACGAUGACCCCCGACCCCUGUCUAGGCCACGCCCAGAGAGGCAGGGUGGUCAGAGAGGAGGCGGGGCUGGAUGUUACCAUGGCGAUGGAAAGGGUGACAGGAAAAGGAGGAGGACAGGAUGGGGGGGUGAGGGUUCCUACGGUGGAGGUGUACCAGGUGGCAGAGGAGGAGGAGGUCGCCGCAGCUGCGUUGGCGGCGGCGAGGGCGGAGGUCAUUGCCGCGGUGACGGAGACGUCUGGGAUUCUUCCGGGGGGGUCGGUGUUGGAACACAACUACUCUCUGACCCAGGGGGGGGAUAGACCCUCGCCCUCCAGCCCCGGCUCUGAGACAGAGACAGAGGAGGAGGAGGAGGAGGAGAGGGAAGAGCAAGAGGAGGUAUUGGUGGAGGAGGAGGAGGAAGAGGAGGAGGAGGAAGAAGAGGAGGAAGAGGAGGAGGAAGGGGAGGAUGGAGCAGGGGAUGAGACUACAGUGGAAGCAGAACUGUCCAGCUCGUCAGAAACAGAAUUUGGUGAGUUCUGGAUUCUGUAGUUCUGGAUUCUGUAGUUCUGGAUUCUGUAGUUCUGGAUUUUGUAGUUCUGGAGUUUAUGAUGUUAUCUGGAAUGUCUUUGAUAUGACCUAUUCAGUCAUAGCUGUCACAUUUUCUACUCUAUUUUCUUCUGCAUAUUUCCAGUCAUUCCUGCAAAUGUCAAACGUUUUGGUUGAGCCAAUCUCAGCCAUUUGAUAUCAGACAAGGCAGACUAACUGAUAUGUCUGGCACACUCUCCAUGAAACAUCACUCUGCCUUGUUGACUGGUGUGUGUGUGUCUGGUGGAGUGUGUGUGUCUGGAAGAGUGUGUGUGUGGUGGAGUGUGUGUGUGUGUGUGUGUGUGUGUCUGGCAGAGUGUGUGUGUCUGGCGGAGUGUGUGUGUGUGUGUCUGGCAGAGUGUGUGUGUCUGGUGGAGUGUGUGUGUGUGUGUGUGUGUGUCUGGCAGAGUGUGUGUGUGGUGGAGUGUGUGUAUGUGUGUGUGUGUCUGGCAGAGUGUGUGUGUGGUGGAGUGUGUGUAUGUGUGUCUGGCAGAGUGUGUGUGUCUGGCGGAGUGUGUGUGUGUGUGUCUGGCAGAGUGUGUGUGUUGUGGAGUGUGUGUGUGUGUGUGUCUGGCGGAGUGUGUGUGUGGUGGUGUGUGUGUUUCUGUCUGGCAGAGUGUGUGUGUCUGGCGGAGUGUGUGUGUGUGUGUGUGUGUGUCUGGCGGAGUGUGUGUUGUGUGUGUGUGUGUGUCUGGCAGAGUGUGUGUGUCGGUGGAGUGUGUGUGUGUGUCUGGCGGAGUGUGUGUGUGUCUGGCGGAGUGUGUGUGUGUGUGUCUGGCAGAGUGUGUGUGUGUGUGUGGUGGAGUGUGUGUGUGUGUGUCUGGCGGAGUAUGUGUGUGGUGGAGUGUGUGUCUGGUGGAGUGUGUGUCUGGUGGAGUGUGUGUGUGUGGUGGAGUGUCUGUGUCUGGCUCACAGGAGGUUGUUGGCACCUUAAUUGGGGAGGACGGGCUGGAGGUAAAGGCUGGAGUGGAAUCGGUGGAAUGGUAUCAAAUGCAUCAAAUAAAUGGUUUCCUGGUGUUUGAUGUCUUUC